AUGCUUGCUCUUGUUCUCAGCCAACAGGUUGCAAUACCUGGCAUUGCUGAUCUUCAAGCUGAAUCACGAGUGAGGGCGCGCAAUGCCCGCGGCCAACUUCGUGAUGAGCUAGAGCAGCAGCUCUGUGCAGUCUGCAGGGAUGCAAAGAAGGCCGUUCUCUUCCUUCCAUGCCAACAUCUAUGUGUCUGUGAAGGUUGCAGGAUCAAGCUUCGCCCAUACCGGUGUCCAAUGUGUCAGGAACCUAUCCAAACACACAUCUCGCGGGUUCAUUUUUAA